AACAUUGUGGCAGUAGGGGCUGGUUUUGCUGAUGGUUUGGGCUACGGUGACAACACAAAGGCAGCUGUGAUCAGACUAGGUCUCAUGGAAAUGAUCAAGUUCUGUGAAGUCUUCUAUCCAGACUCCAAUCAGUCUACCUUUCUGGAGAGUUGUGGAAUAGCUGAUCUUGUCACCACUUGUUAUGGAGGCCGAAACAGAAGAGUAGCCGAGGCUUUUGUUACAACUGGAAAGUCAAUAGAGACGUUAGAAGCUGAGAUGCUGAAUGGUCAGAAGUUACAAGGCCCACCCACAGCUUAUGAAGUCAAUUACAUGCUUAAGAGUAAAAACAUGGAAGAUAGGUUUCCAUUAUUCACUGCCAUACAUGAUAUAUGUAAAGGAAAACUGGAGGCCAAAAAGUUCAUGGACUGCUUAAAGAAUCACCCAGAACAUAUGUUGCAUAAACAUCGCCUUUAGAUUAUUUCUACGAGCUUCUGGGAAUGACUUUUAUCCGCUGCUUCUACUUUCCUUUCUAGUGCAUGUGAUCUUCAUUGUAUAGCAAGCUUAAAAGUUUAAAAUAUGCAUGUUUUCAUAUAGGCUAAGCUUUCAUAUUUGUUUGUUUUAUUUCUGUCUCUGUUAUUUAUUAUUUGUUUAUGCAUGCUGAUAUGCUGGCUUUUAUAUUAUUUAUCCCGAUGCCUACCCUGUUUUCUAUAUCUGGCUAUGCUUUUUAGUCUUCUAGUAGGCCUGCUUAUUGUGAAUUGAAACAAGUUUAAACCUACAGUUUAAGAUAGAGAAAGUCAUACAAACGUUUUAUUAUUAUCAGCAAUUUUAUUUGAUUAAAAGGCAAUAAAGAUUUAAAAGAAAUAACUCACACAUCUGACACAGCAAUGAUUAUUAAUUAUUUGUUGACUAUCUGUAUUUAUAAAAUUUAUCUAAAUUUAUCUCUAUGUGGUUGUGUUAAGUAAUUUAAAGCAUUUUGUUGCUAUGUAACGCACCAGCAAAUUUCAAGCAGCAAAUAAAGUUUCACCAUGGCUUGAUUGCAAGUUCAUCAAUUUUUACCAACUUGCUUCUUCAUAUUCAUUAUGAAUAUAUUUUGUGUCGCAUUGUUGUAUAUAUACUUCUCAAUGACUGUUAGAUAUUAUAUGAUAUACUUAAGGAUGAUUGAGGUAUAACCUGGUAGUAUUAUGUUAAUUGUUGCUGUCAUGUAUGGAAUGUGGGGAAAAUAAAAGAUAAUUAUAUGUACUGCA